AUGCCUCUACGCGACAAACUACGGGCACUUUCACCCAAGCCGCUGGCUUCACCUCCUGGUCUCGGCAACAGUGCCGCUCAUCCGGUCGACCUUGAACAGCUCGAUAGCGCUUGGCCCCCGCCUAGUCCCGUCAUCGCGAACGAGACGCCCGCAGACCGGGAACGCCGACUGGAGGCUGAACGUGAGGCGAAGCGCAGGAACGAUGCCAUCGAGGCGGAGAUCGAACAUGACCGCCAGGAGCGGAAGAAGCGGCGCAUAGACGUCAAGAUCAUCCUUCUCGGUCAGGCGGAAUCCGGCAAGUCGACCAUGCUGCGCAACUUUCAUCUUAAGUUCGCACCCGCGGCGUUCCAGGCGGAGGUGGCGGCAUGGAGAGCGGUCAUCGACCUGAACUUGGUGCGCAGCGUGAUGUACAUCCUCGAUAUCGUGAACGGCGGCGCAUCGGGCGAACGCCUGGGCUCACCCAAUCUCUCUGAUGAGAUGCGCCGCCUGCGGGUCACGCUGUCGCCGCUCCGCACGGUCGAAGCUGCCUUAUCGCGCUUUCUCGCCGACGAAAGGAUGGCCGCACCUGGUGCGGGUGUGACAGCUUUCAAGGAUGCGAAUGGGAAUGUGCGAGGGUUUGACGUGCAAGUUGCGCGGGGGUCAAAGUGGAAGUCGCUGUUCAGCCGUAACUCGACGGCACAACCCAGCAGAGAGUAUCCACCUGGGUACCAGGAGGUUGAGAACGCGCGCAGAGUCAUCGAGGCAUGUCGGGAUGAUAUGGCCGCGCUUUGGGCCCACCCGACUGUACGAGAAUCACUUGUGCUCAACGAUGUUGCGUUGCAAUUCCAGUCUGGAUUCUUUCUUGACCAGGUUGAUCGAAUAGCGGCGCCGGGGUACGAGCCGACCACCGAUGACGUAUUAAAAGCACGUAUUCAGACGAUGGGUGUAGAAGAGCACAUACUCAAGCUCGAGUCUUCCGCGGAAGCUGGACAAGUUUGGUCCAUCAUUGAUGUUGGUGGUAGUAGACACCAACGUGCGGCUUGGAUCCCAUUCUUCGAAGAUAUCAACAUGCUCAUCUUUCUCGCACCCGCAUCUGCGUUUGACCAAACGCUGUCAGAAGAUCCGACGGUGAACCGGUUGUGGGACUCGUUCCUAAUCUGGAAGACGGUUUGCUCGAGCAGGCUCUUGCGGAACGUGUCCUUCAUACUUUGCCUGAACAAGUACGACAUCCUCGAUGCGAAACUCAAGUCUGGAGUCCAAUUCGCGCAGCAUGUCACGUCCUACAAGAACCGGCCCAAUGAUACCGAACCUGUCCUGCUCUACCUCAAGGACAAGUUUACGUCCAUCUUCAGGCAAACGACCAUCAGCCAUAGCCGUGCGCUGCACACACAUUUCACUUGCGCUACGGAUGCCAAAGCUACAGCCCUAGUCCUCACUCGGAUACGAGAACACAUCUUCACCGGAAACUUCCAAGACGCCGAUCUAAUCUAA